AUGAAGACGUUAGACAGUUCAUCAGGGGCGAGUCAGGACAUAUCCCCCACGUCCCAAUGCGAUGCUCAAUAUCCUAGCGUCGUUACUCCAGAAGACAGUGACAGCCCUUGCUGGAAGAUGAAACGGACCAAGCGCUUGGCAAAGCUGCUUUCGACUUGGUCUGGCUCAUUGAAACUAACGAGGCAUGCGAUGGAACGGCGCAGUUCAUCAGCGCCUUUCUGGGACGUGCACCCACCACCAGAGCAGAAACCGCUGCCUUUGCCACCGACGCAGAACAAGGAGUUACCCGCUCCUCCGCUUCCUUUAUACCAGAGACGGUUGCGCGAAGAAGUGAGAGUUCAUACAGCAAAGAAACCCCAAAGACAUAUAAGUUGGUCAGAAGGGCAAAUCAACAGGCUCCAGGCGGAUAAUAUAGACCUGCGCAAAGCACUCCUCGGAUACAGAAGGGGCCUUGAGGAGCAGAAAAGGCUGAACGAAUGUUUGAGAGACAAGAAUGCGAAUUUCAUGUUGGAGAUUGAUGAGCAGAAAGAAUUGGCGCACAUUGCUCGAAGAAUUUUGGCUGCGACCGAAGAAUUCAAGCAGGCAGAUUCGCAGUCAGCAACCGGCCUUUUAGAUUCCAAGGUCGGUCAUGAUAUCGGGGAAAAUGAUGCCAUUGAAGUCGGAGAAGAGCUGAGCUGCAGAAUCAGUGACGUUAUGACGGCAUAUAGUCAAGUAUAG